CACAACAGUAAAUAAAUAACAAUAAAUUAUAUUUAUUAUAAUUAAAGAAUCUUGUCAUUCAGCACGAUAAAACUUUUUUGAAAGAUUUCAAGUUUUUCAGUGAGCGAGAUUACAGGUUGAUAAUAAAAUCAAGUUCAUGCGAAAGCAACACGUGGCAGUCAAGGCGAUGCUAAUGUCUAACAAACAUGUACCAGGGGCAAAAAUGUCACCGUAUUUCAAAGUCAUGGAUCAAGUUUUUUCCAAGGAUAAUACAUGUGCCCCUCUCAAUCGAGCUCUUGAAAAGUGCCUCGGCGGCAAAGUCAGAGUGAUCCAACCAAAUAAAGGAAUUCAGGGUGAAAGCGGUUUUUCGCAGAGUUCGAUUGUCGUCGUUCAACAAGUGCCUGAAGAUCGAAGCUCGCUUGGAUCUGUGUUCAGCCAGUAUAUCACCAAAUUGAUUAACGAGUUAGCCGACGAUCAGCGCGAUGAAGUUCAGAAACAUAUUCUCUUAUACAUAUUCGGCUGAAAACAGCAAAGUAGAGAGCAACAGACGAAUGUGACUGCUGAAACGGGCGGCGCUAACGGUUCAACGCCAUCUUGAAGUUCAAAGGCCUACCCGCGCUAGACGUUUUUAUGGUCGAUACGAGAGUAUUGCUCCUAGUGAGUGGAUAAAGUUAGUAUUUCAAAUAAAAUGAGUGCUACUAUGAACUGAGGCUUCUAUCGUGAAAUGCAAAUGAAGCCACGCCAUCGAACUAAUUAUAAGCGAGCUAGAAAGGCCUAUGUCGUAUCAAUUAUAGUACAUUCUUCAUUACGCCAAAAUUGAUCGACUUGUUUAACAAAGUGUUUCUGUCGUCGAUCGCAGGGACGACUGUGUAUAACCCACUUCCAAAUUUAGUCAAUAGACGGAACGUGGCGCGGCUGCACUCUCCCGUUCUAAAACACUAUUCUGUUGGGCUUCGAGAUAAAUUGUACUGAUUGUAGGCGGAGGCCGAUCACUUAGUUGUCGGUUCGCCGAAUAGUUGAAACGAUGCAUGGAAAGAAUAAUGAAAACGUAUUGUCUACUAAAGUCGGUGUUGAUGCAAAUGCACCAGAGGAAUACCAGUUAUUGGGCAGCAGCGUCUGUUGUGUAGCGAAAUAUUCUGCACGAUCUCGAAUAACUCGUGUAUUCACCAAGUACCCACCAAAUCCAGGUUCUGUUCUUUCUACGGACAUGGAACUUCAAAGUGGAACUGACAAGGGACUUUCACACGUCACGAUCUGCUUGGAUUACCCAAACUCGUGUACGGCGGAUACGUUGGACCAGUCUAACGAAUGCGGCAUCAAAUAUUUCUGCAGCAGUUGUGAUACGACAAGCUUGGCACAGGAUCAUUCCGAACGAACGCUCAAUGAAUACGACUUAAGUAAUUCCUGUUGGAGUCUAGCGACGCUAAUCGCUGCUGCCAUCGCAUUUUCGUUUGUGUUGGGCGCCCAAGUGGUAUGCUGGCAAAUGACGUUCCUGCUAGAAAAUGCACUUAAGACUUGCGAACAGAAAAAGGCAGAGAUGACCACGACGGACAGAAUCUGUGCUUCCAGUGCGAUGAUCAAUGGUCUGUGCAGCGUUUACCGCUUCUUUGCCAAGAUGUUCAAUUAGGACUUAUCGACAAAAUAGUUAGGGUCAAGUGAGAAGCUGGUAACUAAUUUGUUUCUUAACGACGUAUUUCGGAAGUAUGGAAAAAAAAAAGCACUUUGCAAUUAUUGCCUGUGUUGAAGAAGAAUAGUGCAUUGGACAACUAGAUUCUCCGGAAUGUCGCCAGCUUCGUCAUGUACUAAAUAUCGUUCAACAAUAUUGCAUCGUGCAACAACAUAACUCAUUGAUAGAAGUGACUACUCUAAAGAAAUAAAUCCCGAGGUACUGUGUAAA